AUGGGAUAUGACAUUGGAAUAAUCAAGUAUGUCACAUCUACUAUAAUAAGCAACCUCGUGGGAACUGAAAAUGAGCCUUUGGUCUAUAUCCUAGUCACGUUUAACGACCCAGAUUUUGGACCGGUGAUAAAGACCACAAACCUAACAACGUUUAAAAAGGCCAUUAACGAUCUGUCACUGUCUGGUGGUGGAGACGGCCCUGAGAAGUCUCUAUCAGGAUUACAGCUGGCUCUCAGUGCUGUUCCUAUUGGCUCUGAGAUUUAUGUCUUCACUGAUGCAGCCGCUAAAGAUGCAAACUUGAAAAACUCAAUAAUCACACUAAUAGAGAUAACACAGUGUGUGGUAAAUUUUGUAAUAAGUGAAGAGACCUUACAAGAACCAAAUUACAUGGAUGUGGCUAAGGCUUCAGGAGGACAAGUUGUAAAAGUAUCAAAUGACAACAUUUAUCAAGCCAUCCAAGUCUUUUUAGAUUCUUCUUUCUCUAAUUUGGUGACCCUUUUACAAACUGCCAGGAACCCCGGAAAGUCAGAAAGCUUCACUUUUUCAGUGGAUGAAACUGACACCAGGCUCCGUGUCUUUAUAACUGGGACAAAAACCUUCACAUUCACCAGUCCAUCUGUCCAAUGUGAGGCUGCUGCAGCUCACAGACAGGGGGCGCUCAGUGCACUCGAGAGCAGGGUGGACCCUGGGAGGGAGCAGAGGACUGGGGCUGCACUGGGAACCACUGACGCAGCAGUUGGAUCAGUAUUCCUAACAUGGAAGUUCAUGACAUAUUUUGGUCCACUUAUGAGGACUACAGAUGCUAAUGAAUUCAAGAAGGCCAUUAAUGCACUAACUCCAAAUGGUGGAGGAGAUUUACCUGAAAUGUCUCUCUCUGGAUUGCAGCUGGGCCUAACAGGUGCCCCCUUUGACUCUGAGAUUUACCUCUUCACUGAUGCUGCAGCAAAAGACUCUCACCUGAAAAGUACAGUGGCUGCACUGAUAGAAAAGACAGGGUCUGUGGUCAAUUUUAUGAUAACUAGUUCCACAAGUUUACGUCGACGUAGAUCAAACAGUGGAAAUCAGCGGCAGUUCGCUCCUCGACAAGCAGUUACAGAAUUCCAAGUGUACAACGACCUGGCUGCUGCUUCAGGAGGUCAGGCUGUGGAAAUGUCAAAAAAUCAGCUUCUGGAGGCCAUCAAUGUUGUUUUGGAGACUUCAACCUCAAGUGUGGUGACCCUUCUGCAGGUUGUCAGGAACCCAGGAAAGUCAGACAACGUCACUUUCACAGUGGAUGACACAGUAACAGACCUCACCAUCUACAUAACUGGGACCAACAAAGACUUCAUUCUCAUCAGCCCCACAGGUGUGGCUCAGGAGAGCACUACCACAAAUGGAUCUCUCUUCACUUCAGUGGUUGUUGGAAACCUCCAAGCUUUAAUGUUGAACACAGAAGUUGGAUUGUGGGAAAUUAGGAUGGUUUCGACAAACUCCUACUCUCUGAAGAUCACAGGUAUGAACAGAGACAUGAUUGUAAAUGCUGUGGUUGAUGAGGGCUGUGCAUUGCUCAGGAUUUUGAUAUCAGAUGGCAUUUUUCUACUUCUCCAGGUGACGGAUGUGACUCGUCCUGUUUGUGAGCUGCUCAGUUUACGGGACAAUUGCACAGAAACCUGCGGUAACUCCACCUGGCAGCUCUCCGUUCGGUUGAGUGAUGGGGUAAAUGGCACCGGUAUCGUCAGAGUGUAUCACAGACAAGGCAACGGCACGCUCAACACAACUGUAGAUGCCAACGACACCGUGGCGUCCUAUGAAGCUUCCUGCUGUUCUCCUACAGUGGAGAUAAUCGCUGUAGAUGCUGUAGGCUCCCUAGGUUAUCAGUACCCACUCUUUCCAUCUGAGGAAAUGGACCUGGCGGUGCCCUCUGUCCAGCACCAUCUUCAACUUUGA